AUGCAGGACGAUGUGGUCACGCCAACGCUUGCAUUGGCGGAAGCUCGUGAAAUAUGCAUAGACAUCGCAGCGCUGUUUGCAGGAUCAAUCUUUGAGCUGGCUUUACCUCCAGCUUCGCUCGCAAGUGAGUCUCACCCGUGCAUUUAUUACGAUGAGCGCGUGCGUGUGCAGCUCGUCAUGCGCUUGCCGUCGCUACCGACUCUUCUUCCUGGGCCAAGAGAAGGUCUUGGGAAUGUGGAUAGGCUGGAUAACAAUUCGUCCCUGAGUAUUCCGCCGCUCCUUUCCACAUUGCUAUCGUACCUGCAUAUUUCUCUACGUGGUACGAUGCCGAGUGGGGCCACGGACGCGGCUGACGCUCCGCUGGCGUCGCUUUUCGUGCAUUCGUGGCAGCGAUCACCCGUGCCCACAGAUUUUUGCUUACGUCGCUCGUCUCUCUUGCGUGCGCCCAAGGCGGACAUGCCAGACAUUGAGCCACUGCGCGACGCCUCAUUUGUCCCGGGCAUUUCGUAUGACCUGGAGAAAAAAGGAUGGACUGUUCGCUGGUGGAGUGAUGUGAGCGUGCCGUAUACCACUAUGGACGUGAGUGUGAGCAAGAUUCAAAUGGAAGCGGUCGUGCAGCUGCGCCUUGACCUUGCUAGGUUGUCUGCCGAAGCACAAGCGCCCCCGCCUCAGAUGCCGUUCCACUAUGCAUCGAACCACAUGCACCCGUUUUCUUAUUCGGAUGAUCCCUACCUCAUUGACGUUGACCUCUUAAGUGAUUUGGCAGACCAGGUCAAGGUGUUGAACGAGUCGCCCCAGCAGCGACUCGAUGAGUUGUCCAAAAGGCUUACUAUGCUCCCUCUUUCGAUGUUAGCGCCUGGAUCGCUUAGCACGAACAUCACAUCGCCAUGGGGUGUGUCUCAAUUCAUUACGGAGAAGCAGAAGGAACUCCGCGAGCAGGAAGCUGCCGCUCGUGCAUCUGAUGCGGAUAUUGCCCUCGCGCCGCUAGCACCGUCCUCGGCCCCCACUAGCAGCCUUCGAGAAUGUCCGAGGAGGUCGUCCACGCCCUCAGCUCUGCUCGCGCAAGAUUCGCCGCACGAUUUUGAGGCUCCAGCGACUGUGGACUUGGCGACGCUAGCGUCCUAUGGACCUGUUGCUCUGACCAAAGUGACUACUCACACAGCAUCGGUGUGCGCAUCCAUCACCGUUCGAAUGCGAACUCUGAGUCGCUCAUGGCCGACGGUUGAAAAUACACGCGCUGUUAUGGUAUGCGUAGAGCUCGAGGCACUGCCCAUGCCAUCGCCGUUUCUAUUGCACGCCAUCCAUAUCGACAUUGGAGAACGCUCCGAUUUGGUGAGAGAUGUGGGAUUUAUGCCUUACCAAGAUACCAUCGAGGCCAUCAUCAAGCCGUUGCCUGGCGAUGCGUCGGCGCUGCCGGUACGCAUAGGACGCUUUUCUCAGCACAACUUGCUGUAUACAGUGCAGCUUGUGCCACGUGAACCGCAUAUGGACCCCCAGACCCUGGGGCACUUGUUGACGACGUGGGAUCCUCGCCGCUGUGCGCGCGUCACGUUGCUUGGUACACCUGACCGUGGCGCGCUUACAGCACCGUACAGCACAUGCGUAUCGCAGUGGAAUGGCAGCAUGGAUGUGUCGCUUGCGCUCCUGGAUCUCCAGCGGCGCUCAUUUGCCGACUAUGUCAUGCACACGUCCAUGCAGAUUCCUCCCUUGCCUCCUGCACGGGAAGAGCGGGUAUGCCAAGUGGGCGAUCCGGCUAUGUCGCCUCAUACGCUGCAUCAAACGCGGCGUGCGCUUCCUGUGCGGCUAGAAGAGACAUCCGCGUUUUCGCCGUAUUAUGAGCGACGACCGGCAGAGGCUGAGGCGCCCCGCCGAGCCUUGGGCUGGGGCGAGAGCCAUGCCCAGCAUGGCGGCUUUGAUCCAACGCGCGUGGAUACCUUUGAUUCGUGCGUGCUCGCUACGGUGGAAGCGAGACACGUGUUGAGAUCCGCAGACGCGCACUACAUCGACGUGUAUGUCACGCUGACCAACGUGUCCUCUGAUCGUGUCUUGGACCUAGAGGUGUCAUGGCUUGCUGAGCAUCACGGGGCGGCGCUCGUACCUGACACGGAUUGUGUGAGACUAGGUAUUCUCCAGCCAGGCAAGAGUCGCCGGGCGGAUCUAUGUUUGCAUGUUCUGAGUGCAGGAUUUCAUCGUCUUGGGCACAUUCGUGUGUGUGAUACCGGUACGAAUAUCGCGUGCGUCUUACAACACGUGGGAUCUAUGUGCGUAGAGUUUCAAGAUAGCAAAGCAUGA